AUGAGUGACGUAGAAUUAAACGAUUUUGUCGACGAUGGAGAGACCAAAAAAUUAGGCGAAACGCCAACAAGGGACGACUGGAGUAAACUACGACGUGUGGCCGACCAUAUCCCUACGACCGCUUGGUACAUUGUUGCUUGCGAACUCUGCGAAAGAUUCACUUUCUAUGGCGUCCAAGGCCCGAUGCAAAACUACAUCCAAUUUCCCCCUCCGCAACAAGCAGGCGGUCAACCCGGCGCAAUCGGCAGGGGAGAACAAGCGGCGACAAGUAUCAACUUAUUCUUCUUAUUCUUCUGCUACAGCACUCCAUUGUUUGGCGCCGUGAUGGCCGAUCGAUAUCUAGGAAAAUACAGGACGAUCGUUUUAUUUGCACUCAUAUACCUUGUUGGGCUGGUGGUGCUAACGGUGACAUCGAUUCCGGCCGCCAUCGCUAAAGGUGCAUCACUCCCCGGGUUGAUCAUUGCCAUCAUGAUCAUUGGUCUUGGAACCGGAGGCAUAAAGAGCAACGUUGGGCCAAUGGUAGCCGAUCAAUACAGGCCAAAGCAUCCAUAUGUCAAAGUACUUCCGUCGGGUGAGAGAGUCAUUGCCGAUCCUAAACUUACGGUUCAGACGAUAUUCGCCUGGUUUUAUCUUGCCAUCAACAUUGGGGGACUUGCGCCGAUAAUAACGACAUUAAUCGAAAAGUAUCAUUCGUUCUGGUUGGCGUAUUUGAUUCCUACAAUCAUGAUGGUUUUGGGUAUACUCAUAUUCAUCAGCGCAAGAAAAGCUUAUUAUAAAGCGCCACCGAGCACGUCUGUAAUCGCGGAUUCGUUCAGCGUAAUGAAAGUUGCUUUUGCGCGAGGAAGGAAUAUGGAAAAUGCAAAGGCGUCCAAUAUUCCGGUUAAUCUUCGUACGAAAUAUCGAGUGACUUGGGACGAUAAUUUUGUGAAUGACUUGAAAUCUGCUCUGAAAGCGUGUCGGGUGUUUCUCUUCUAUCCUAUCUAUUGGUGUUGCUAUAAUCAGAUGACUAAUAAUUUAGUUAGUCAAGCGGCGACUAUGCGUACUGGAUUACUGCCGAAUGACAUUAUGAACAAUUUUGAUCCUCUUACUCUGCUCUUUAUGAUCCCAUUGUUCGAAAAGGUCAUAUACCCAUUCCUCAGAUCAAAGGGUCUUGCUCUAAGAGCGGUUACGAGAAUUUUCAUUGGGUUCUUGUUGAGUUCGGUUGCUAUGGGAUAUUCGGCAGUAUUGCAGAGAAUCAUAUAUAACACGGGUCCAUGUUAUAACCACCCUGGUUGCAGUGACCCUAAUGAUAUAAGCGUUUACUGGCAAAUCCCAAUCUAUGUAAUUGUUGCUAUAUCAGAAAUCUUCGCUUCUAUCACGGGUUUAGAAUAUGCUUACCGGAAGGCUCCACCAUCGAUGAGGUCUCUAGUUACAGCAUUAUUCCUAACAACAUCAGCAUUCGGAUCAAUCUUAGGAUAUGCAAUAGUUCCUUUGGCAGUAGAUCCUUAUCUCCCCUACAUGUACUCUCUGUUGGCCGGUAUUAUGGUUAUUACUGCCUGUGUAUUUUACGGGUUAUUCAGAAAGUAUGACGUUCAAGAGGAGUUGGAGGAAGAGACAACGGAAAAGGAAAUUGUUCAAUAUUCAUGA